AUGGCGGCGCCCGUGUCGCCCUUGGUUACUGCGCGCUGCCUGCUGCGAGCUGCGGCGCGCCGCGCCGCCCGCCCGCCGCCGCCGCCCGCCGCCCUGCGGAGAGCAUGCACGGGUCAGGGAGAUGAGAAGACAGCCCGUGGUACUCUUACAGAUGCUAACUCUAGAGCCUUGUUGGUUUGCAGUGGACCUUUAGAACAUUACAAUUUUUUGAUUGAACAGGAAGAGCUGAAGAAUGAUGAGCAACAAAGAAGAGUUGUGCAGCACCUACAGAAGUUGCAUGAGAGCCUUAAAGGCUAUGGAAUAAGUUCGAAAAACCUUCUUUCAAAGCUCUUUGCAAAACACAAGCCUCCAAAAGGUCUUUAUGUCUAUGGAGAUGUUGGCACAGGAAAGACAAUGGUGAUGGACAUAUUCUAUUCUCACUUAGAAGUAGAAAGGAAAAAGAGAGUCCAUUUUCAUGGCUUCAUGCUAGAUGUACACCAGAGAAUACAUCGCCUCAAGCAGAGCUUGCCGAAAAGAAAACCAGGAUUUAUGGCCAAAUCAUAUGACCCAAUUGCGCCAGUAGCAGAGGAAAUAAGUGAAGAAGCUUCUCUCUUAUGUUUUGAUGAAUUUCAGGUCACUGACAUUGCUGAUGCCAUGAUUCUGAAACAGCUUUUUGAAAAUCUGUUCCAAAAUGGGGUUGUCGUUGUGGCAACAUCUAACAGGCCGCCAGAAGACCUCUAUAAAAAUGGACUUCAGAGAGCUAAUUUUGUACCGUUCAUCGCUGUGCUGAAGAAAUACUGCAGCACAGUCCAGCUUGAUUCUGGAAUAGACUACAGGAAACGAGUGCUUCCUGCUGCUGGAAAACUUUACUACCUCACAAGUGAAGCUGAUGUGGAGGCUGUCAUGGAUAAGUUGUUUGAUGAGCUGGCUCAGAAACAAAAUGAUUUAACUAGACCAAGGAUUCUAAAAGUGCAAGGCAGAGAGCUGAGGCUGAAUAAAGCGUGUGGAACCAUUGCAGACUUCACAUUUGAAGAGCUGUGUGACAGACCUCUUGGUGCCAGUGACUAUUUGGAAAUAUCCAAGCACUUUGACACAGUAUUUGUUCGCAACAUACCACUUCUUACAAUGGCAAAAAGGACACAAGCUCGCCGCUUCAUUACUCUUAUUGAUACCUUUUAUGAGCAUAAGGUGCGUAUUAUUUGUUCGGCAGUGACUCCUCUCCAAAGCUUGUUCCAGGUAGAACAUGACAAUGGUGAGCUAGAGGACAACAGAGUGUUGAUGGAUGAUCUGGACUUGAGCCAGGAAUCUGCCAAAGAACUCUCCAUGUUUACAGGAGAAGAGGAAAUUUUUGCAUUUCAGCGUACUAUCUCUCGGCUUACAGAAAUGCAGACUGAACAGUAUUGGAAAGAUGGGGACAGAAGCAAAAAAUAGUUAGAAGAUGAAUAAAAGAUCACUAAAAAAAAGCGUGUAAAGAAUUAAAACUACAGAAUUGGAACGCUUUUUAGCACAAAAGAAAUAAUUUAUUGCACUUUACCUUCUGGACCACGUUUUUUUCAUCGAGUGGUUUUUAUGCUUCAUACAUAAGGACUCAGUUUUGUGAGUGUUUUGGGUUUUUUUCUGUACCGCUAGUUUAUGGCUGUAUGAAAUUUUGUCUUUAUUUCCUUUUCUGUAAAACAUAAAUUUGAUGUACAGGAAAUUUAAGUGGAUCAGAAUUCUUGACUGGAGACACAGUCAAUGGGCUGUGCUGGGUUGAUGAUAGAUUUAUACUGUUCUUGCAUGUAGAGGGUACUUUGUGGUUUGCACACUCUGCCUGUCACGUAUAAGACAAUUUGCACAAAAGAAGGAUCAAAUGUUUUGUGUGCAAAACUCCUGAUGUAGCAGAAGUUCCUGCUAGAAUCGCAGUUUCAUGUAAUCAGACGGUUACUUGCUCUGCUUGACUGAAAACUAAUAAUUUGAUUCAGGAGAGAAACCCAAGGAGGAGUUUGAAGGUACUUGAAACCUCAGAUGAUCCAAAUAAGCAUGAGUGAUGAAAGAAAACUGUAGUAAGAUAGGGUACAAUGUAACACAAGUGCAAGCCAAUAAUUUUCCUAUAUUUUCUACCAAAAAUGAAGUUCAUGCAAGCUGGAUGUGCUGCUUAUACACUAAUUUCUUUCUAUCGUGAAGUUUCUAAGGCUUCUUUUUUACAACACCUUCCAUUGCUAGUACCACACCUGCCCCGAUCAGGGGACACUAGUACACAGUACCACUGAGGCAGUUCAUCAUAUUGCAAUGUGAGUGUGUUUUAUGAAAAAGAUGGGACCUUCACUGAUUUCCAAAAUCACGUCCUCCAUUCUGGUAUUUGUAGUUGAAAACUUCCUUUUAACUAGAAGUGCCUUUAACUGUGUUUUAAUCUAAUUGAAACAAAAUAUGGUAUUACUCAUAUUAGCUUGUAUGCUACUUUUAUAAGAUAUCAUUUUAAAAGUGUAUUUUAAAAUAGUUUCCCUGAAUAGGGAAAAAGUACUGUGCAGAUAGGCUGAGAAGACUGCCCUGAUUUCUUGGCAAGGAGAUGCAUUGCAUCCCAUCCCCAAAUCUGAGGAUUUUCUGUAGAUUUUACAAUAUGACUUCUUUUGCAUCAUAUGUGUCACCAAAUUUUUUUUCUCUGCAUUCAUUAAGCCUCUUUAAAUUAUUAAAUUUUUUAAGCCUCAUUAAAUUACAAUCCUGUGGCUCCUGGGCAAAGGUUCUUGUGCCCAAACUGGUGCAGCUUUGCCUGAUGCCAACUGAGGCUUUUUCACCUUCCGGACACCCAUCCGGAAGUGGGGUGCGCAGGGUUUCUGGAAGUGCCGCAGGCCUUGGUAGUCUUUGAGAGCCGCCCGAGAUGGAGGCGAGCUGCUUCCAGGGCACAUUGCUAAAUAAAGCUACAAUCACAAAAAUCUUUUAAAUGAGAUUUUUGGAGGGUGAGGAAGGUGAGAAGCAGGGAGUUUUCCUCUGCAUUUAGAUGUGUUAUGGUAAUAUAGAUGUUUUGGAGCCACGUGCUCUAGUCCUGUUUUUCUGUCUGAUCAUUUCUCUCUACCCUGAAAGUUACUUAAACUGGCUACAACAAUUCUUCAGAUAAUUUUCAAAGCCUAUGCUUAGUUGUGUAAAUGGCAAACUAUGUUAUUCCCACAAGGGUGACUACAACAAAGGAUUUUAAUAUGUAUUUAUGAAAAAUCCAGUCACAGUAGCUUGCAUUUAAUAGGAAUUUCAGAAGAACUGAUAUAUACUCUCAGAGAUUUAAUUUAUUAAUUAGGUUAAUUUAGGUUAAUUAGGUUUCUCAGCAGAGGGACUAUUGAGAAAUUAUUUUCAUGCAUGCAAAUGUAUGUAUGUAUAUUUUAAAAAAAUACUAAUAUAUGUAAUUUAAUUUUGUGUGCAUAUAUAUUUAUAUAUGGUAGUCUCUACUCAUUUGCCUGAGCCUAAGCUGAUGAGUCUCCUGAAGUUUCAGCCUAGGCUUGACUUUUUUUCUAAUAGCAUUCAAAUGCCUCUGGCCCUGUCUGAUUCAGAAGCCCAUGUGCGAAAAUGGGAGGUGGUGGUAGAUAGCCUAAAGCAUUUGCAUCUAGAUAUUUAUCUGCAUUGUUUUAAAAGCCGAUUGCAGGUUUAGCCUGCAUGCCCUCCUCCGUCACGUGGCAUAGGGGAAACGAGCCUUGCAGAAACAGGCGAGAAGGCCGGGAUGUGCGAGAGGGGAUGCUGUUCUGCAGUCGUCUGCUCCCGCAGAAGCUGGCACAGUGGCAAAGUGAAGCGAAGCAGCAAAGUGAAGCGAAGCACUCCUCCUCGGUCGGUGGGCAGUGACUGACCUCACUGAACCCCGUGGCCUUGCCUGAUGGCAUUCAAGGCUUUUUCGCCUUCUGGAUACUCAUCCCGAAAUGGGGUGCGCAGGGUUUCUGGAAGUGCCGCAGGCCCUGCUAGUCUUUGAGAGCCACCCGGGAUGGAGGUGAGCUCCCUCCAGUUACAGGAGGGACGUUAGGUUCCCAGAAGGUUCCAGAGCCCCUGCUGCUUUUAGGACGCAUUCCUAAAUAAAAUCUCAGUGCAAUUUGUCCUUUGCCUAGCAAGAUGGGAGUCUUUGGUAGGCACUUAAUCAAGGAAAGGAAAGGAGGGAUACUGCAGAAGUGAGAGACUGGAGACAAGGGAGAGACUGAAAACAAGAGAAGCUGCUUAAAUCACUGUGCAGUAUUUGUGGUUGCGCUGGAUUCCCACCUGCAAGUCAGGACCACAAGCAGAGACUGGUGGGACCAAAUUGUCAGUCAGGCCAGAUGGUAGGGUGGAGAUCGCUACAGUACCCAGAGGCACAGUUAUGUGCACCCACUUCAGGUUGGGCCCUAUUACACGGUGCUGCUUGAUGUGCUGUAACAUGCACAAACCCUCUUUCCAAAAGGGAAUUUGAGGGGGCUUCUUCUGAAGCCAAACAACUCAGGCAAUCAGGUGCUGCCCAGAAGCAGUUGCUGAAGCCCAAAGCUGCUGCAUCCUGCCCCAAGGGCUGGGCAACCCAUGCUCUCGCUACUGUUAGACAGUAAAGCCAGCUGUCCUUGAAGGCUGCUUCUUCCUACGUUAAGGUGUUUUAGUUGCCAAAAUGUAAACAGUGAAAUGCCUACAAAUAAAUUAUGCAUGCUCCUUAAUGGCCUUAAAAUUGCUGGAUUUAUGCUGUACGCUUCUGUACCACAUUCAAGCAAUUUUGUUUUUUUAACUGGCAAAUUCCUGUCAUCUCAGAUCUGCAGCACAUUUUUAUUUUGCUUUUAGUCUUUCAGCAAGUAUUAUUGCUGAGUUAUUUUUAAAUAUCUUUUAGAAAUAAUCUUGUUGAUGUGGGACGGUAUUUUACUGUCACAGUAAGUAAAACUCUUGAUGAUACUCACCAUGUGAAACAUUUAAUGUUGGUUCAUAAAGGCCACAUCCUGUCUGAGAGUCUCUCUCAGCUAACUUGUUUUAAAUUCUUGAUUGAUCAAAGAAUGUUCCUGAUGCUCAAAAGUUUAAAUUACAGCUUUUGGACAUGCUGCUGCACUUUCCAUAUACACACUUUAAAGCUGUAUUUUCAUUUCAGACUUUGUGCAGUAGAGCUUAUCUUUUUUUAUAAAUAGCACAGUUCUGCCUUUCUAAACCAGCAGUUUGCAGCACUUACCUUUGCAGAAACAGCGGGAACAAUCACAGUAUUUGGGGAUACACCAGGCAUGCAUCAGCAGCCUUCCAAAGGUCUUUGAAGGGACUGAAGAUGUACUUUUUGCUGCUGUAGUUUUUGAUCUAAAAAGGAAAACCAUUAAUGCUUUUUUGAGUAAAUAUGAUAAUAAUGAAACUGGACAGACAUGUGUCACCUAUUUUGUUUCAAUUUAAAUAUGAAAAAAUGCCCAAGUUUCAAACAGGUAUCACCAGACAUUUAACAAGGAGAAAGAAUGGUCUCUCUCUCCAUUGAGAUGUGUCUGAGAGGACCAAGAUCCAGGAAUUCUCUAUCUGGAAUUGCCUGGAUCUGAAUUAGCCCUGUGCCUCAGUUUCCCUGUUGAUAAAAUGGGAAUGAUGUUAACUUCUUUCUUACUAACUCUGAAGCACUGCCAGGCUUAGUUCAUUAAUAUUCUAAGAUGUUCUCUGAGGCUCUGGGAUGAAAAUACUUCAGUAAAGUAUGUAAAUAGCAGAAAAAAAAAUCCAGCUACUCAAAGUGGAUUAGUUUUCUUGUUUGGCUUACAGAAUAAAUGCCAUCAACAAAACACCACGUGCCUCUUUGUAAUGAUGUUUUUCUUUGCAUAAUGCAUCUAUUUUAAAGAAAUAAAAAUUAGGUUUGUGAUUUAAAAAACCCACCUAAUUCAUGUAGUUUUUCUUCUACCUGUAAUGUCAGAUUUUUUUUAUGAUUCAUUGCCACUUAGUUCUUGUACUUGUGAGCUACAGUAGAUUCACAAAUGUUGUUGGGAUUUUCAUUUUACUGUGUACUGAGAAUUUUUUUAAAAUACGUAAUUUGGAGUCUAAUAUAUAACAAAGUGAACAUUGUUGAAUCCUGCAGUUUGAGAAGAAUUUAUGCUGUAAUAAGGAAAACUAUUAAAAAAACUAUU